UUAUUUAAAACAUUUGGCGCCUGAGGCUGUAUUACAAGACUCAAGUAUCAUUAUACAACUAACUACCACUUUCCAAAGCAACAAAACCCUAAUCCACUGGAUCGCUCUCCGACUCUGGACAGAGAUGGACAGUGAAGACGACUUCACUCUGCAAUUCUCAGACUCGGAAAAUCAGCAGCCAUCUCCUCUCCCUCAAAGAAAACUCAAACGUCUUAGAAGAUCUACCCAUAUUAUCCCGAAACAUAAUCUCCCUAAUCAAUCAUCUGAAGACAAUGAGCCGUCAUCGCCGUCGUUUCACGAUGUGAACUCAAACUCAUCCAAAUCUGAAGAUUUAGAAGAAGAAACAAAGAGCGAUGGGGAGAAUAUCGAGGAACUGGAUGCCGGGCUAGAUGAGUCUCAAUUUGAGGGUUUCAAAGUGGGAAUUGACGGUCUGGAUGAGCAAAAUCGAACCGGCGCUAGGAGAACUCUGGAGUUUGAGCCUGUUGCUGAAGAAUUCGACACUGAGGAUGAGGAUCUGGCGGCUUAUGAUGUGGAAAUACAAAAUGAGGAAGUGAGAGCGGAUUUGGGAUUGGAUUUAGCGCCAGGGAAGAAGCGGAGAACUAAUUUAGGCGAAUCUGAGGAGAAGAAGAAGGAGAGGAAGAAGAAGAAAAGAGCCAAGAAGAACAGCGAUGAUGGUUUUGAUGGAAUUAAUCUUUAUUCAGCUGCCUCCACCAAAAAAAUGAGAGACAAGGAAAGGAGAGAACGAAUAAAGAAUCUAAGUUGUGAAUCUCAGAGAUUGUUGAGAGAAAGUAGAGAUGCAUCAUUUAAACCUGUGCCUUCUGUUCAAAAGUCGGUAUCUUCUGUUUUGGAGAAGAUUCGGAAAAGGAAGCAUGAACUUUCUAUGAAAAAUUCUUCUGUUGAUGGCAAUGGUGCUAGUUUAAGCGUCUUUGAAGAGUUUCCUUCUAAGAACACAGGCCACAGGGUUAUAGACGCAGAUAGUGAAGAGACAACUAUGUGUUCUGUUGAGGUGGUGGGCAUUUUGGGUGCUCAGACAGCACUAGGAUCGAAAGAGGCUUCUAAUGACAGUCAUAAAAAUGCAACUUCUCAAACUGCUUUGGGAGAAGGUUCAAAACAAACAUUUCGAGCUCCUGUUGAUGAUACUCAGGAUCUGGAUUUUGAUUCCCAAACAAGUGACUCCAAAGAUGAGCUGAUAGAUGACUUGCCCAGCAGUCCGCUGGAAGAUGUUAUGGCACCUUCAUUACUUGCAAUGAACUUGAAGCUUGAUUCUGCUCCUCCUGAUGACUUCUCUUCUGAUGAAGAAGACAAUGACAAGGAGAACAUUGAUCCCUACCUGCAAGGAUUAGCUGAGUCACCCUCAUCUCGAAUAGUUGAUCCUAUGAGAGCUUUUGUUGACGAUGAAGCUGAGGAAGAAGAUGAUAGCGAUAAUGAUCUUGCUCGUUUCAAAGAUGAUGACGAAGAUGAGGAUAUUAUGGACCCUGAGGAACUUAAUGAUAUUAUAGCAACUGGAUAUGAAGAAAAGCCAAUGGACAAUGAAAUGCGCAACCAACUUCAUCAAAAGUGGCUUGAACAGCAAGAUGCUGCUGGAACAGAAAAACUUAUGCAGAAACUAAAAUGCAAUUCUAAACAGAUAGAAAUGUCCUUGACUGAUGAGGAAGAAGAUGAAGAGAGUGAGGAGGUUGACGAAGAGUUUCUUGACAACCCUGCAGAAAACUUUGUUUCAAGAAAUGCCGUGCGAAUGAACUUGAGGAAAGCAAAGGAAAUGAUUUGCCAAAUGUUCACAGAUAAUAAUGAUGUGUAUGUGUCCUCUGAUGAUGAGGAAACAGAAGAGAGGUUUGCUAAGCAGCAUCUUUCGGACAAAACUGUAGAGCAGGCUAAAUUCUUGUCACCAGCAGAGGAUGAAGGCUCCAAAGAUAUCUUUGGUCUCAUAAAAAAGUUGAAUAGUGAGCCGGACACUAGGAGGAGAGCCAAAAUAACAUCCCAUUUUCAUGCACUUACAAUAGGAGGAAACAAGACUGCAUCAUCAAUGUCGUCUUUUGUAAGUCGGAGGUCAAGAAGUUCUUUGCCAUCAUUCCAGAAAAAUGGAUCAAGCACAGUUCGUUCUUUUAUUUUCGAAAGAGAUGACAGCAAUAGCAGGAGUGCAAUCACCAUGUCAAAGGAUUCAUUAGAUUCGGCAGAGAGAGAGAACAGACCGAAAAAAUCUGCAUCCGCCAAGUACAGUAGCUCGCAAGUUAGAUCCAGUUCUCAAAACACAGAAACUAUUGCAGAAAAGAGUUCCGGUCCUUCACUACAUGAGAUAUUAAGGUACCAGUCACUGCAAUCUAGCCACAUUUCUCGUGGUAGCAUGGCUAGCCAAGUCGAAGCGAUAUAUGCUUCUUUUAAAUUGGACCCAAAUCUGGUGAAGAAAGAACGUGCCUCAUCUAUCAGAACAGCGUAGGCUUAUUAUGAUAUUACUUGUUCAGUAUCCCCAAAAUUCCUUACAUUAUGUUUUUCCAGUUAAGGAUGUGGCAAAAAUAAUGCAUCUGUAAAGCUAUUAAAGGCAAUUAAGCUGCUAUUUGUAUUAACAAAUGAAGGGUAUUGACUAUAAUUUUCAAAUUUUCCUAAGAAA